CUUGAUGUCUCUGAAUGUAGAGGGAGUUCCACAGCUCAGUAUCUCAGAGGUUCUGAGGAUAUUAAGAGAGCAGCUAUGGGAGCACAGAUGCUUUGGACAUACAGAAUCUAAUGGACUAACGAUUCCGUUAACAUUGGAUGAAAUGGCUCCUGCUGCAGUCCCCGUGGAAUAAAAGCAGCCUGGUGAAUAUUUGGUGAGUUAUCCUGCUCCAUCAAGAUGGGGAACGGAUUAUCUGAUCAUCACUCCUUCUUCCCCUGCCUGCCUCCCUUCCAGGCUCUCCACAUUGUCAUUCUGGGGCUGGACUGUGCAGGCAAGACCACUGUACUGUACCGCCUGCGUUUCAAUGAGUUUGUGAACACUGUCCCAACAAAGGGUUUUAACACUGAGAAGAUCAAAGUGCCGCUCGGAGAGAGCCGACGGAAGGCAUCCUUCCACUUCUGGGAUGUAGGCGGUCAGGAGAAGCUGCGUCCCCUGUGGCGCUCGUACACCCGCUGUGCUGAUGGAAUCGUGUUUGUGGUGGACUCGGUGGACGCUGAGCGCAUUGAGGAGGCCAAGACAGAGCUGCACAAGAUCACACGGCUGGCUGAGAACCAGGGAGUGCCGGUUCUGGUGGUGGCUAACAAACAGGACCUGAGGAACUCACUAAGCCUGGCUGAGAUGGAGAGCUCAUUGGCUCUAAGCGAACUCAGCGCCGCAACACCCUGGCACCUGCAGCCUGCGUGUGCUAUCAUUGGCGAGGGACUGCCAGAAGGUCUGGAGAAGCUGCACGCCAUGAUCAUGAAACGGAGAAAGAUGCUGCGGCAACAGAAAAAGAAGAGAUGAUCAGCUUCUAGCUGUGGGAACUCUAAAAUGUGAGCUUGGAAAGAAGCUAUAUAAAAACCACUGUGAUGCGCGUCACUUGCUGCCCUCUGAUUGGCUGAGUUUGACCCUUGCAGUGGGACUGUUUGUACAGGUCAGCCAGGGUUUCGCUCCCAGAGAUGACAGUGAGAUUGAUUUUGCCCCGUGGACUUUGGAUGCCAACAAUCCUGUUAUUAGUCAUGGGAGUCCAGUAUUAUACUGUUCAGCAGCAAACAAUGAAGUUUACACUGAAGUCUUUAAAGGAGACAAUGUGCUCUGACUCACCUGUGUUGUGUUCAAAUGUGUUGGAGCCAAUUGAUCAACGCAUAUGUCAGUCUCUGGAUAGUACCUUAUAUCUGUGUUGCAUAAUGAGGUUUUGGUCAAGAAGUUUACAUGAAGAUGCACAAUGACCCCCAAACAACGUUCAAGUUGGAUGUUAAUGGUGGAAACUAUUUUUCAGUUGUUUAGUAGUGGACCUACCUUCCUGUGAGCCACACUGAUAGCACAACAUGUUAAUCCAUCUGAAAUUAUCAGGCUUUUGUGUUAUGAUUCUGAAACAAACGGGCCAUGGUUUAUUUUAAGAACUUAUAGGGAAUUCAAAAAUGGGCUUGUGUUUAAGGACAGCAUGGCUGAUUGUUUCUCAAUGCCGGAUUUGGAUAAUUGUCGCAGUAAUUAAUGCAUUACCUCAACUUCUCCCUGACCACUGUGAUCCUACUUACUUUUCAAUUUACUAUUAAUAAGAUAGAUAAUUAAUAAGGGCGAUACCCAUACCUGGCAGAUUUUAAAUUGGUCAAUAAUAGGAUAUUGGCUAAUCGCAGAUAUAUCAGUGGCAGUAUAUUUGUUGAGCUCCUAAGUAACAGGCAAUGUCAGUAUGGAAAUACCAAAGAUAUGAUUGAGGGAAUGUAUAAAAAAUAUGAAAUGUUUGUAUGUGUCCAAAAAGGACUUUAAAAAAGUCACCCAAUCUGCGUCAAUCUUGUUAGCUUGGAGUUUACUAGAUCGUUAACUUUUAGAAGGGAAAGGAAGUUAGCUUGCUAAUAGGGCUGGGAAUGAUAUGAAAACAUACAAUUAUAGUGCCAAUAAUGCAUCACUGAGUAAUAAGUUAACAAGUAUUUUACAAUACUUUAUUACUUGUUCCAAACCCAUCCUUAUUUUCAAAGUACCGUAACAAAUGUUAGCGCUGGACUGUUUUCAAUGUGAUUUUUAAACAGUUUGUACCACCCAUAAUGCCAUUUGUUUUUCACUGCCUCUGAUAGUGAACUAAAAUUCCUUGAGCUGCAUUCACUAAAACGGCUCUGUCCCAUAGCCAAAGAAACAACUUAACCAACUGUGAGCAAAGAGCAAAUCGAGUAUCAUGUGACAGCAGCUUUAGCUCGCUGUAUUAGCUUUUUUUCAGUUAUCUAGCUGGAAAUAAAAGCUUUAAUGUUUUAAGUUUACAGCCCAAAUUUUAAAAAAUGGUCUUGCUGUUCUUAUAGUUUCGGGAUGGUCUGACGUAAUGCAUCAUUUACUGGGAUAACAGGUUCUGUAGUUGGCUUCUUAGCUUAAUCACAUUGCCAAACCGAUGAUUGUACCCACAGUUCAAGAGCUAGUUGUGUGUCAGGUGUGAGGCUCUUCAGGUGCUGGAUGCUGUGACUUCAUCACCAGCAUCGAUCCCUGGACACGUGUCUUGUGUGAUGCACUUUAAGGCUCCUUUUACUUUCAAAAGGACAGAAUUCUUAGGACCCUAAAAAUGAAAUGUUGCUUCAAAAGAUGUGUGUUACGUAUAUGUAUUAUGUUGCUGAAUAUCAAAUGUCAACCACACAAGUUAAGUUUCCUGUACCACUUUGUUCACUUGGAAUAAAACAACAGAAGGACAGUAA